AUAUGGCCAGUUUUAACCGUGUUCCCGUACCUCUAGCGGCCUCUAGUGUCCUCACCGAGUCCUCCAGUGUCAUAUUUAUACGUGGAGGAAUGUCUUUUUGUUUUUUUUAAGCGAGUUGAAAAGUGACCGAUUCGUGAGGACUGAUAUUUUUGGGAGUGAGGUUGGGCACUGCAGGCCAUGGUAACAGGCUCACCCACCGCCCCACUACACAGCAAAUACUAUACAUAGCUUCUAUGUAUUUUGGAUCAUCUAAAUAUCAAUUUCAUCUAGAUGGCGGCGAGGCAGCAGGCACUGCGGGAAGGUGUUGUGCGGUAUGACGAGGCCAGCAGCAGCUUCCAGUGUGUGGUGUGCAGGACGCCGCUGAGCGGGGAGGCGUCGGUGGACCAGCACCUGGAUGGCUCCAAGCACAGGGAGGCUGGAGUCAGGUACGCCAUCGCCAACAUUGACAACUGCCCCGAUUCGCUAAGGUCAAUUCUGACGCCUAAUUGCAUUACAGCGGUGAGGAAUGGAGUCAUAUGUAGUACAGAGGGGCACGCCCAGAAGUGCACUGUCUGUAGCGUUAAUUUAACGGGUAUACGUCAGAUCGAAGAUCAUCUAAUAGGAGAUGAUCACAGGAAGAAAAGUGAGAAGCAGAGACUUUGUGGUGUUUCUUCGCCUGUGGUACCGUUGUCAGUGGGCGUCACAGUCAACCCUGGCCAGCUUCCCCGGCAGCCAGAACCUCAGGUAGCUCAACUAGCACAUGAUCUUCAAUCACUUAGAGUAGCUGAACCAGCACCUUACGUUUCUCACCCAUUAAGUUAUGCAUCUCCUGGAGCACCAACUUAUACAUAUGGAGCAGAAGCGUAUGCACCUCUAGUGCCUGGAGCCCCAACUUAUGCACCUGCAGCAGCAGCAGCACCGUAUACACCUGCAACAGCACCGUUUGGGUCACCAUACUUAGGAGCAGCAGUCGGUGGGCGAGACAGUCCCUUUACCCUCCGCCCCUCGCCAUUGGGCAGUGACGCGCCCCUCAUUCCAUCACUGCCCAAUUCGCCAUGCUAUGCUUCUCCACCUUCGACAAUUCAAGAUCUAGCGAGGGUGGGCGCAAGCUUGAUAGAGGAGGCGAUGGCUAACGGACUUGUCACUGAGACCGACAACGUGAGUGAACCCUUUCUUUGCAACAUCUGCAACAAGAAAUUCAACAGUUCCCACACGUUGUCCGACCAUCUCAAGAGCAACAAGCACAAGAAAAAGGAAAGUGACAACCUGCAGAGGCAGACGUCCUUGCCGCUGGCCAGUAAUGUCUCCCCCAGACUCCUCUUCCUCAACGAGAACAGCACUACACCAGGGCGUGACUCGUACUCUCUGCUCUCCGAACCAAGAGGCUACGUGUACGUCUUCAAUAACAAGUUCCUUGGUCAAGGCAGCAACUGGCAGCGCAAUGGAGCUGAAAUGGAUUCUCAGAACAUUAAUACAACUUUCACCAGAAUGGGCUACAGAGUUAUCAUCCAUGAAGACUUAACAGGAGGAGAGACUGAGGAAGCGUUCAAUGCUAUCAGGAGGAACCCCGACUUAAAUGGAAUAGAUGCAUUCAUCGUCUUUAUACUGAGCCACGGAAAAGAUGCUUAUACAUUUUAUACCAACGAUCAAGAAGAACAAUCUCUUUUCUACGUGCGAAGCUUGUUCAGCAAUAGAAAAUGCCCUUCCUUGAGUGGCAAGCCUAAGAUUUUCUUCACGAACUACUGUCGGGGCGACGCACUGGAGCGUCAGGACGUGGACGCCGUGCGAGACGUUCCUAAGGACAUGUUCACCAUCCACGCCGCGUCUGAGGGCAUCAUGGCCAGGCGUCACCAGAGGCGCGGCACCUACUUCGUCUUCUGUCUGUGUGACGUCCUCACACGGGCCACCCAUCCCCUGGAGCUACAAGACCUCUACUCUGACCUAUAUGAUCAAAUGGGGCGUGAAGGAGCCACGAGACCAAUGAAUGAAAAUCAUGGCUUCGUCAAAAAAUUUUACUUCAGUCGUCAGUAAAUAAUAAGAGAUGAUUAACACAGAAUCUGGCCAGUGAAAUUUUUUAUUCUUUAUAUCAAAAGUAAAAUCUUUCCACGAAAAAUAAUUUAAGAACAGUACGGCUGGAACACGUGUUUUAUCCAAUCAGAUAAAAGGCAGGUCACAUGGAUAAAAUCCCGCGUUGAAAAAUUGCAGACAAAAAUAUAGCGAAUAAAGAAUAUAUAUAUAUUAAAAAUAAAAAUAUAUCACUCAUCCAUUCAAUAUAUAUUGUAUUCACGAUGAAUAUACUGUAUAGCAUAAGGGAUAAACAGGCCCCACCACACUCCGGCAGUCGCCCACUAAAGUUCCCCCCCCCCACAUAAGGUGUACAGUGCAUCGUGCAGUUACAGCCCCGCUCCUGUGCCAGGUAAGUCCACUAUGGGCUCACCAUAGCCCGUGCUACUUGCAACAUUUUGUUCCCAGUAGCUGAAUCUUAAACAACAAAUGCAUCGUAUACAGUAUUAGCGAGACCCAUUUUGACUGUACAUCAAUUCUGAUCACCGUACUACAAAAAAGAUUCGCUAGAUGAAAUACAAUACUUUGUUAAUGUAUUUACGAGAAGAGAACUUGAUAUUUUACCUGCAGCUGAACAAACUAUGCAGGCGGUGAAGAGAUGAUGACUAUGUUGUUGUUGUUUUAGAUUCAGCUACUCCGAACAAAAAGUUGCAAGUAGCACGGGUUAUGGUGAGCCCGUAGUGGACUUACCAGGCACAGGAGCAGGGCUGUAACUGACUGAUAUUGACUAGGUUACUGGUUACCAAGGGGGGAAAAUAUUAAACAAAUGGCGCAAUUAAAGCCCACCAAGUUCCCAGGGCCAGACAAAGUAUUUGCUAGGGUGCUUCAUGAUGAGCUUAGUAACUCUUUGUCUUGCAUAUUUAAUAAACUAUUAAGAGUCGAGACAAGUACUAGAGUCGUGGAGGGUUGCUGAACAUCUAUUGUGUAGGAACAUUACUUGAAUCAAUGCUCAUAAUCAUAAUUCGUUUACAUCUUCAGAAACACA